AAUAAUUCCAACAUUCCGAUCUUCUAGUACUUUAUAUACAGUUGGGUUUUGAAGGCUUAAAAUGCUAAGAGACGACAGUGAGUCAGAAAUAAUACAUUACAUUUGUCAGUUUUUAUAGUUAUCGUGGUAAAAUGGUGGACAAAUACGACGAUGACGAGCAGCUUAUUGAUGUCCAAGUGCCCGUUGUAUCAGGCUCUUUCGUAGCUGACAAAACAACGGCAACCUACUUCAAUAAAGUCGACGCACCAUUGACUGCCACCAACUUCAAGGUACUGUUGGAGUUGACGGGAUCCGAAGCCGGCAUAGAAAGACCUGGAGUGGAUAUAGUCGUGGUGUUAGAUGUUAGUGGGAGCAUGAAGGGAAAAAAAUUGGAACACAUGAAAAUUGCGACCAAAUUCUUAGUAAAAAAGCUUAGCCCCAUCGAUCGUCUUUCAGUCAUCAAAUAUUCUACAAACGCAAAAAGGUUGUGCCCGUUGCGGCAGAUGAAUCGAGAUGCUCAAACUGAGAUCGAAGGUAUGAUCCAUGAAUUGAAGCACGGCGGGCUAACUAACACCACUGAAGGUCUUGAGGAGGCUGUAAGAGUGUUGCGGGAGCGUAGACUUACCAACGGUCGCGAGGUUGCCAUCAUGCUUAUGUCUGAUGGUGAACCAAAUCCUUUAGAUGCAGACGGCAGCCAAGUUCCUGUCCACGAUGUGCCAGUAUAUACAUUUGGUUUAGGCCAAAAUUAUGACCCCAAGGUCCUCGUAAAUAUUGCCAAACGUAGUAAGAAAGGAACAUUCUCAACUGCAGAUGUUGAAAAUACAGAAGCGAGCAAUUUAAGCAUUGCAUUUUCUCAAUGUUUAGCCGGGGUGCUCUCAGUUGUGGUUCAAGACUUAACUCUAACCAUCACAAAAGUGCAAUCAAAAAUCGAGAAAGUGUCAGCUGGAGAUUAUUUUCAAUCAAGAGAUGAAUCUGAGGGCUCAGUAACUAUUUCAUUUGGCAAUCUCUAUAGUCACGAGCUGAGAAGCAUCUUAGUAGAUAUUGUUUUGGAUUCGGUGACAGAGUCCCAGGGUAUAGAUGUUCUCGAAUUCACAUACUCUUACAAAGAUCCCAUUGAUCUUCAAGUCUAUGACGCGAAUCCCGUGUUAGUUACGGUAAGUCGUACUGCAAACCCUACCACACAGGAGCGACAAGAGGUGUUGAUCGAGGAGGCACGUCAAAACACAGCAGCAAAGAUAAGAGAAGCCAGGGAAAUGGCUGAUGCAAAGAGAUAUGAUGAUGCCAGGUCUACAAUCGAGGACGCAAAGAUAAAUCUUAGCCGUAAUGGGCUCGAUACGUCACACCCAACGGUUAAGGCGCUAACAUCGGAGUUGGACCAAUUCUUAAAGCUAUUGGAAACACCAACAAUUUAUGAAAAACUAGGACGCGCAUUUGCCUUAGCUACUGAGCUUGCUCAUGCCCUUCAGCGUUUCGCUGCAAAGGGCAAUGUCGAUGAGCUACGCAUGUUUGCGACUAAAAACAUGGACCAACUUCUUGCUCAAGUCAAAAAUUAUGAGAAUGAUUCUACUGCUCCAGUGUCUACCGCUGCUCAAGAUGCAAUUCAAACAACUGAAGCAACUGCUAACGCAAAUGUUGCUCCACCUGUUAACAAUCCCACUGUUGCUAUGGCUGAAGCUCUUACAACGCAUCUUGGACAAGCCAUUCAGUCUCUUAGAGAUAUGCAAGAGUUGAUUAAUUCCAUUGCUUCAGGUUCAAUCUGAGGUAGGAAUUAGGAUGUGUGAUUUGUAUGCUUUCUAGUUGUUUUAUGUUUAUUGUCGUACUCUAUGAAACCAUUUCUAGUUGGAUUUUAAUUAUGUAAUUCAUCUUCAUGUAUUCUUUUUACCAUUCUAUGGGAUGAAAAGAUCUUUUAAUUAAUGAAAUUCUUUCCUAU